GGGCGGGAGGAGCUGCGCAGGCGGCUGAAGUACCCGGAUGAGUGACAGGAAGAGCUGCGCAGACGUGCAGCAGAAACACAAACACACAUCAGCCGACAGUCGAGAGCACGGUUGCCUGUUCAUCCGAUUUUAACCACCUGCCCUAUCGAUCUCAUCGUUGAGCGGAUCUUCAUGCUCUCGGUCAGCGGGACCUCAUGGACGACGGACAGUGGCAGAGCGACGGCCCAGUGAGGCGAGGAGGAGUAUCUGACCCCGACCUCCUAAACGACUCUGAUUCCAGCCGCAGCCCGGACGAGAACCUGAACAGACUAGUGGAGGAAGCCGAGGAGGUCGAGCAGGGGCCCCGUGGUGGACAGAGGCCCCUCCGACAGCAUAACACAAACGACAACGGUGAUGACGAAGAUUACGACAGCUCCAAGGUGGAGGAUGAAGAAGAUGAGGAGGACGAGGAGGUGGAUAGCAACAGUGGGGCAUACUCUCCAGAGCUGGAUGGACACGUACGAGACUCUCCAACACCCAGUCCCAGUCCCACAGUGUCAGAGGGGCUGGUGAGUCCUGAAGGGACGCCUCACGGUGAAGCUGGCUCCCUGGCCGUGUCUCUGCAGGAGCUGGGGGAGCAGGGAGAACACCCUCUUCUUCCACAGUGCCUCCAUCAGAUUGCAGAGUCAUAUAUGCGUGAGGAGGACUAUGAGAGAGCAGUCCGGUUCAUACAGUUAGAGAGGCUCUAUCACGAGCGUCUGCUGUCCAACCUAGCCGUCCUACAGCAGCAGUGGGAGAGGAGACGGAGUUUGGUUGGCCAGUGUCAGGACGGAGAAGACGGAGAUGGUGACCUGGAUGCUGAGCACCUGGAGAAGCUGAGACACAUCUGCAGAACGCACAGACAACCUGCAUGGAGCGCUGAGAAGUGCGAGUCGUCCAAAGUGCAAAGGAACAGCGUGAUCAGAGAAACACAGGGAGGAGAGCAAAACCUCAACACGCAGGAGCUUUCAUGCAGCUCAGGGAAGGUUAUGGAGGAUCAGAGUACAUCUGAGGCACCACAGGAAGUCAUCCAGCAUGAAGAUUGUAGCAGCACCGCCCCACGAUCCCACCAGAGCGAGCAGCAGCAUGACCCCUCCUCCUCGGCUGUGACGGACAGCUCCUCCUCUCCACUCUGUGAGGAUGCAGGAGCAGAAGAAGAGAGCGUAAGCGUGGCAGCUUCCCACAGGGAUGCAGCGCCAGAGCCCCAGUCACCAAUGGACAGCGCUCUGCCAGACAACAAGGAGGGAACGGGGGACACUGUGGACACGGGGCAGUGUGUGCUGGAAGAUGGAGGGGAGGUAGAGGAGGCUUUGAAGCUGGAGGAAGGAGGAGCAGAUCGGCUGCCUGAGGAGCAGGAAGUUCCUGAGAAAACAUCAGAGUCGGAGCCAGAGGAGAACGGGAACGGGGUGGAGUCACUCGAUAUCAUGAAUGUGUCUAUGCUGGACGACAUGGCCAAACGCAUACAGGUGGAAGAGAUCACUCCAGCUGCUGGUCUUGUGUCCAUCUUGAAGAGAAGAGUCUCUCUGGAAGGAGCCAACAGCUCUGUCCCUGCCAUCCCUAAACCCGUCUCUAAACGCAAAGUCCGUUUCCGAGAGCCUGACGAGGGCCUGGACCACGAUGAGGUGGGCGGAGACUCCUGGCUGCUCCUCCUCUUGUUGUGCUUGGCUACCGUGGUGAUCAGUGUGGGCGGGACUGCGCUCUACUGCACUUUCGGAGACGCCCAGUCCAGCGUGUGCACGGACUUCUCCCACAACAUGGACUUCUACAUCGGACGGGUGCAGAGGGGCGUGGACGAGCUCAAACACUGGCUGUCCCCGAGCUCAUAGCACUCGGUUUCUUCUCGGUAGCCUCUGUGUUCUUUAAAUGCUGAGACGUCCUCAUAUGCUGGCCUUUGCUGGGUCACGCUGUCGCGGGAUGAAGCCCAAACGAACCCGUCUGUCGGGUCCUGAAGGGGACGUCCGGGCCCCUGGAAGGCACAGCAAACCACUUUGGCCAGUUUUUGACUCGAGUAGCCCACUGUUUACUGCCAUCAACUGAACCUCAUGUAAAGAGACUUCAUUUUUAGAGUCUUAAAUCCAAAUCUUAAUACUUGGUUGACAAGAGUUUUGUCUUUUAUUCAUUGGAUAAGUGAACGACCAUCAUGGUACUUAAAGAUAUAAUAAUGGACAUAAUCAUCUGUAGCCUGGACGUAGCAUUUUCAUGUGAUGGACUUAUGGAAAGAUGUUCAUAGGUACAGGAAAGCAAUACAUAUAUAUUGAGGAAUUACAGAUAUAGAUAUAGAUAUAGAUAUAGGUAUAGACAUAUAAAGUUAGCAAACGGGCGAAUCUCGGUUAUCAUAGUUACCAAUUUAUUAGCACAGGGGGGAAAAUAAUUUUCCAGUGGAUUCUGCAAUAUUAUGAUCAUCAAUAAAAAGUUAAAUCGUUUUAAAAGUUCAAAAGAUAAUGAAUAUAUUUUCUUAAAAUAAAAAAUCUUCUACUUUACCUACAGUUCAGUCACCAGACUGAAUUUCCUUUGCAUGUUUUAAUUAUUAUUAUUAUUAUUUUAUGCAAUAAUUCUAGAAUUAUAUUUUAUUCAGUCGCCUGGCUGGAGAAAAGUAUGAUAACUUUAUGACUAAUAAAUAUCAAAAUGUAUAAUUUUGAAGUGUAUAU